UGUAUUUGUCCAUACAGAGCAGGGAGCUGGUUUGGGUGGCCUGUGGGACUUGGUAAGAGCUAUCAAGUUUGUAAAUUGUCAGGUUGUUGAACCUCACAACCUGUGUGCACCAUGGCACAGGGAAAACAUAGCCUCAUGGCCAGCACCUCUAAUGUGAAUGAUUUGGGAAGUCAAUAUAGGGUCUUUUUCUACCUUGGCGAAGGUUCAUUUGGCACUGUGAAAUUGGCAUGGCACCUGAAAACUAAAGCCCUGGUUGCCAUCAAAAUGAUUGAAAUCAGCAAGAAGGCCAUGAGCGAUAUCCAGUCAGAACAAGCAAUACUGCAGAGGCUAAACCAUCCCAAUAUUAUUCGCCUCUUCCAGGUGAUGGUAACACCAAGCCAUGUGAACUUUGUUCUUGAAUAUUGUUCAGAAGGAAGCUUAUUUAAUUUAAUUCAUCAGCAUGGCCCACUGCAGGGGAAAGAGGCAAAGAAAGCAUUCGGACAGAUAGUGGCAGCCGUAAAAUACCUCCAUAACAGUAACAUCAUCCAUAGAGACAUCAAACCGGAAAAUAUACUAAAAGAUGCAGAGGGUAACAUGAAGUUGACAGACUUUGGACUGGCCGCAAAGUGCCGCCCUGGAAGACUCCUGAACCAGAAGUGCGGGACCAAGGUCUUUCAUGCCCCAGAGCUUGUUCUAGGAGAGCCAUAUGAUGGCAGAAAGGCUGAUAUCUGGAGUUUGGGUGUGCUACUCUAUUUCAUCACCACUGGGUACUACCCCUUCACAGGAAGAAUCAUGAAAAUGAUGGAGAACAAGAUUAUCACGGGGACCUAUCGUAUUCCAUGUAACUUCUCUGGGACACUUGAAAAUUUAAUCCACCAGAUCCUCACAGUUCCCCCGGAGAUGAGACCCUCCAUCGAAGACAUUGAGAGACACUCCUGGGUCAUGAAAUGUCAAGUAACUAUCCCGACUGAUACCUACCCAGAUUACAACAUCAUAGACAUACUUUGUGACAUGGGGUUUAAUGCCAACGAGAUUUUAGAAUCACUGCAGAAGAAAAUGUUUGAUGAAAACAUGGGAACGUAUUUGCUUUUAAAAGAACAGGCCAGUGAACCCAACUUUGGCCUCCUCCACAUCUGGCCCUCAGGACAGCAGGGGCCUGUUACCCCGACACCAUCAGGACACAAGGCGACCAGAAGUGUCUCCAUGCCUUCCAUUGCCCUACAUUGUCCCAAGAAGAACAACAUC